ACAAGGUUCCCUGGCUUACGCCACCCAAGAAAGUUAUUUUCUUGGAUACUUGCUAGAAUGAUAGGGUUUGCAUUACUAUGUGUUAUCUGAAAGACAUGAAGUAUGAAACUCAAAUGCUGUAUUGUUAUUUAUAUGUAGGGACUUCAAUCUGCAUUGUCAGUAAAAAAAAUAAAUAAAUAAGUGGACCAACCAAAAAUAUUAGCACAAUUCUAGACCAACUGCAACAUAAUGGACUGUGAUAGGUAUGCUUCUACGUUCGUUCAAGUACAAAGUCUUUUAAUAUUUAUCCGGAAAUAACGUGGAGGGGAGCUGACUGUUUCUAUAGAAACCGUAAUAUACAAACUCUUGGCGGUACGUUGCAUCGAAAAUGGCAUCCAAACCGCCUCUGUGUUUACAGUGGAACUGCCGGACUGUUGCUGAUUGGAUUGCUGAGCUGGGAUUCCCUCAGUACAGGGCUUGUUUUAUAAAGAACAACAUUGAUGGCAGAAAGCUCAUUUUGGUCAACUGCUCUCAUCUCCCUCAGCUUGGAAUCACAGAUUUUGAGCAUAUGAAGGCUCAAACACCAUUCCAGUUAGAAAUACCGGAGAACAUAGAAACUUAUCAACAAAAGCAGCAAAGAAGUCGUUCACUACAGCAACAGACAAGCAAUACCAGCAAUCGGAAGAACAGCAGCCUUUUUCUUCAGAAGGCAGCAGCGCAACGUUAAAACAAAAAGAAAGAACUGCAGACCAUCUCUCAUCAUGUCCAUGAGCUUCUGGGAAUUGAGGAACCACUAUGGAACCGAAGCAUCUCUCUCCCACGUAGGGAUGCUAUGGGGUUAUUUCUGGAACAGAAGUCUCGCACAGGAUCAUGUGCAGACUCUGUCAGAUUAGAACAAUUUCUCAAACCAACAACAAAGUGAUGCCUUCUUUGAACUGUAUGUCUACCUACAGGUAGCAACGAACAGAAAGUGUUAAAUUUAUUGUGUCAGGUGUUAUUCUGAGACUUAUUCUCCAUUGGGAAUCGCACCAAUUAACUCAACCUGUCCCUGGAACGCUAAAAUUUUUAGCAUUCUUUUUUGUAUGUUGACACUUUAACUUGCCUGUUCAUUGUUACAUUAUGUGUGGGUUCACUGGUAUUUUAAUAGUCUGUAAUUGGUCACAUACACAUUUUAUCACCACUAUUUAUAAAGGGAUUUUUAAAACAACACUCCCUGUAGAGUAAAGGCAAUGCUAAUAAAAGAAAUUUACAGACCACUU